CAUCUUCUCAAUCCCCUCAAGAAACUUCCCUAAAUGGAAGCUUUGUGCUCAAACUCCGAACCAAAACUCAGGAACCUCACUCUUGUCCUUAACAUUUCUUUCCUCUUCCUCCUCUUUCUCUUCCUCAACGCUCAUUUCCACCCUUUCAAUUCUAAUUUUGAUGCCUCAAAAACCCUCUUCAACCAUGCUCGAAUACUCAGUUCUAGUGACAUCAUAGUUGAUGCCUGCACUGACAUUCACAACUUCUCUGAUUAUAGCUCUAAGUGCUUAUAUGUCAAAACUCAUUCUGACUGCAGGUCAAAAGGGUACAUAAACUAUCUUAAAAUCUUCUACUGCAGCUUUGGAAAUUCCCCAAUUCUGGGUCAAACACUGCUUGUGCUGUGGCUACUGGUGUUGUUCUAUCUUCUAGCUGACACAGCUUCAAAUUACUUUUGCAACUCCUUAGAAGGUUUGUCUGACAUCUUGAAACUUUCCCCCACCAUAGCGGGAGUAACCUUGCUUUCUCUGGGAAAUGGCGCUCCUGACUUUUUUGCUAGUGUUGUUUCCUUCACAAGUUCUAACAAUGGUGCUGUUGGCCUCAACAGCAUCCUGGGAGGGGCAUUUUUUGUCUCCACUGCUGUUUUGGGGAUCAUAAGUUUUCUAGUUAGCCCAAAUGAAAUUGCAGUGGACAAGGCCAGUUUCAUCAGAGAUGUUAUUUUUUUCCUUUUCUCUUUGUUCAUCCUCCUCAUCAUCAUUUCAAUUGGUAAAAUUACCUUGCUGGGUUCAAUUUUCUAUGUUUCUAUAUAUUUCCUUUAUGUUUGUGCUGUCUCUGCUACACACUUCAUCUAUGGAGAGGACAGAAAAGAGGCAGUGUCUUCUGAUGACUUGGAAGAGUCCGGGACACCAUUGCUGGGCUAUGUCGACGACGACGACAAUGAUGAUGGGAAAUCAAAUUUACGAAAUGAUUUGGGUGUUAAAGAUAAUGAGAGAAAGGCUGAGGGUGUUGUUGAAAAUGAUUUAUUUCAUUGGAAAGUUCUUUUGGGCAAGUUUUUUCAAGUACUAGAUUUACCUCUUUAUUUGCCUAGAAGACUCACUAUACCAGAUGUAAGUGAGGAGAAGUGGUCAAAACCAUAUGCUGUUAUAUCAGUGACAUUAGCACCAGUUUUGUUUGCACUUCUUUGCAAUAGCCAGAUGGAAAAUGUGAGUUCAAGGAGUGGUCUAGUUGCAUACUUGACAUCUGCUUUAAUUGGCAUUGUUUUGGGGAACAUGGCAUGUGUCACCACCAAGAGCUCUACCCCACCAAAAAAGUGUUUGUUUCCCUGGCUAGCAGGAGGGUUUUCUAUGAGUGUAACAUGGACUUAUAUCAUUGCUGAGGAACUCGUUUCCCUCUUGAUUUCCAUUGGAAAUAUCAUAGGGGUUAGUCCUUCAAUCCUUGGAUUAACUGUCCUGGCUUGGGGUAAUUCUUUAGGGGAUUUGAUAGCCAAUGGAGCAAUGGCCAAAAAUGGAGGAGUAGAUGGGGCCCAAAUUGCUGUUUCUGGGUGUUAUGCAGGCCCAAUGUUUAAUAUUCUGAUGGGCUUGGGAUUGCCUCUUGUUCUCUCAGCUUGGUCUGAAUAUCCAGACUCUUAUGUCAUUCCCAAAGACAAUUCCCUAUUUGGAAUACUUGUGUUCUUGAUGGUAGGGGUACUUUGGGCCCUUGUGAUCAUGGUGAAGAAGAAUAUGAAGCUUGAUAAGUCCUUGGGGGCUGGACUCUUAACUAUUUAUCUGUGUUUUUUGUUCUUGAGGCUGGCAGUGGCAAUUGGUGUUCUUCAAUUGUAGGGAUGCACUGUAGAGAAGCACGUUCAAAAGAAAAAGUCCUAUUCCAAUCUAUCUUAAGAGACCGACUUUUGUUAUACAUUUCAAAAUUGAAAAAUUCACAUGGAAAGUCAACAAACCAAUUAUUCUAAAAGUUUAAAUUGCA